AUGACAGAUCCAAUGUCAGUUCCAGAUGUGAGGAUGGCAGAUCCAAUGCUAGUUCCUGUAGUCAUCCCUUCUGCGCCAGCCAGUUACAAGCAGCCUAAGAGAAGUCUUAUUGGUAUGGGCAUAAAGUCGUCGUCGCAGUUGCCAUCGUCAAGUUUCUUUGGAAGCAAUCCUGUUUCUAAGAGGCCUGGAGGAGAUACUGUGCUGAAGCAGCGUGGAGGAGAUGGUGUAGUUGGAGGGUCUGGAGGAGCACUAAUUGACAAUGCUCAACAGAGUCAAGAAACUACUAAAAAGCCAGAUCCAUUGGUGAGCGAUUUCCCUGCGGUGCUAAAGACUUCAAAGCCUGUUGCUGAAAAUCCAUUUAAGCAGAUUGAGUUUGUGCGUCUUCCUGGCUCCAAUGAGCUAAGAGCAGUGCAGAAGGAUAUUCCUGAUGUUGCUGUUAAUGAUACAACUCGUGUGCUUGGUAACGUUGCUAAUGCCGUUACUGAUAUUGGUGUUCCAUCUGUGUUUCAUGCAUUUGAUCCGGAAACAUUGUCAUUUCCAUCUGAAGUGAGUAAAAAGCGAGAGUCAGCAUUGCUGGCGAUGCCUCAAACUCAUGUGCAAGAGGUGGCAAAUACUGAGGAUUUGGUGCAGAGGAAGCAUGGUAAGGCAGUUGAUAGUACUAUUAGUGGUAUUGUUGAUGGUGUCGUUGUUGGAGCAGAUGCUGAUAUUGGUGAUGGUGUGAGUAAUUUUUCUGCUCCAGUUAUGGUUUUGCCAGCUGGUGAAACAGAAGGUAGUGGUAGCGUGGAUGUGGGUGACGAGGUUGCGCCGUUAUCGUCGAACAUGGCUGAACAGAUUUUAUCGCCGUUGAUGAACAGUAGCGAUCAGCUUGUUGCUAAUGCUGCUGUUGGAGGAGGUGCAGGUGUUCAGGCGAGUUUGAGUAAUGGUGUAAUAAAUGGGUUUCCUGCGUUGAGUGUGAAUGCUUCUGCUGAUUCAGAGUCUGAUGAUGAUUUAUUUGAAAGUGCGGUUGAAGGUGAUGAGGAUGAAGGUAUGGAGGAGGAUAUAGACUUGUUGCCGAAGUUAGUGAUGGAGCUGGAUGAACAAAGAAGUGAUGAGAAGGAAGCCAACAUUUAUGCUGAAGUUGAAGAGAAUCCGUUGGCUGAGCAAGAAAUGAAGAAGGAAGAAGUAGAAGAGAGGACUAAAAGUAUUCUCAAAAGAAAAAGAGUCACUAAUGAGAUCAAAGAGCAAGAGUCUAGAGAAAAGGAAAAGCACGAGUCUAAAGAAAAAGAUAGGCAAGAGUCUGAAGAAAAAGGAAAACAGGAGUCUGAAAGAAAGGAAGACAGUGGUGAGGAAGGAGAAGAUGUGCCAAAGGUAAAGAGAGGUCGUGGUAGGCCCAAAGGAAGUACUAAAAAGACUGUGUUGGAUAAAAUCGAAGAAGCAGCAAGAAUUGGAAAAGAAACUGGUGAAGCUGCGAGAGUGCUGCGAAGAUCGUCGAGGUUAGAGAAAAGUGCACGAAGACCGGACUUUGUGUAUGAUGAUGAGACUGAUGAUGAAAGAAUAAAAAGAGAGAUGCGAGAGAUUGUGGCACUGCAUAAAGAAAUUGAGAAAGAGAAAGAGGAGGAAGAAAAGGAAAGAAAGAGAAAGGAAUUUGAGAGAGUAGGAAAUUUUAGUGCUUGGAUUGAAAGGGUGAAGAAAAUUGAAGGGAAAGGUUGGAUUAAGGACCCGAAGAAGCCGUUGAAGGAAAAGCGUGGUAGGAAGCCUCUGGCUCAAGGUGUUGAAAAAGUGCGAAUGGCAAAGCUUUUUAUUCAGGAUGUGGCUGGUGGUGAGCUGUAUGUUGAGCAUGCAAUGUUGUCGCAGACUAGUGCAGUUGAUAAUGCACGUGAGUUUGGGUGGGAAACUAUGGUUGACAAUCUAUGUUUAUUUUAG